AGAUGCCAAGUCUUCAGUGCAAGCAGGAGUUAAUCCUGUACCCCACAACUCUGCAGUUGUCACCAUGGGCCAGGAACUCAUCAGCAGGCAACUGAUGUCCUUCCUGUUAGGACACCACUAUACCAUGGAAUUGAUGUCCAUUGAAGAUGUAAGCAUAAGUUUCACCCAAGAAGUGUGGGCCAUGCUGGACCCAUCUCAGAAAAUGCUACACCGGGUAUCUGCUCUGCAAAUCAGAUGUGACUUUGUAUCUGGAGGAAGGGAAAAUCCUGUGGAUGGGAGAAGGGACAGGAUUUCUCCCAAGCCAGAGUCCAGAAAAUGCAACAAGAACGACCCUGGAGAGAUACAAUAUGAAUGUCGUCAAUGCAGCAAAUCCUUUAAUCAAACUUCUGAUCUAAGCAGACUCAAUGAAACUAGAACAGGGGAAAAGAAGCAUGAAUGUGGUUUUUCUGAGAAAGUCUUCAAUUACUGCUCUCAGCUUAGACAACAUGAGAGAACCCAAACCGGUGAGAAACAAAAUGAAUGCCACGUGUGUGGGAAAGCCUUCAGGAAGACUUACAACCUUAAAAUGCAUAAGUAAGUCCAUGCUGGAGAGAAACAAUACAGAUGCCAUCCAUGUGGGAAAGCUUUUUGUAAAUUAUACAGCCUUCAAAUGCAUGAUAAAAUCCACAUAGGAGAGAAACCAUACAAAUGCCAUGUGGGUGGGAAAGCCUUCAGCAAAUCAGUUCACCUUAGUCAUCAUCCGAUAAUCCACACAGGAGAAAAACCAUACCAGUGUCAAUUAUGUGAGAAAUCCUUUGGUCAAACAUGCUACCUUAAACUUCAUCAGAGAACACACACUGGAGAGAAACCCUAUCAAUGCCACCUGUGUGGGAAAUCCUUCAGUCAAUCUUGUUACCUUAAACCACAUCAGAGAAUCCACACUGGUGAGAAACCAUAUGAAUGCCAUGUAUGUGGGAAAGCCUUCAGUCUAUCAUCUAGCCUUAGACACCAUGAGAAAACACAUAUUGGAGACAAACAAUACAAAUGUCACCUAUGUGGAAAAGCUUUCAGUACAUGCUCUGGCCUGAGACACCAUGAGAAAACACAUACUGGAGAGAAACCAUACAAAUGCCCUGUGUGUGGGAAAGCCUUCAGUCAAUCAUCUGGCCUCAGAGUUCAUGAGAGAACACACACCGGAGAAAAAUAA